CGAUAUCCAAAUUGGUGUUGACGAAUCUCAACAAGAGAUGAAUGUCACUACAAAUCCAAAUACUUUACCCACCAGUACUACUGUUUCAAGUGAAUCUAGUAAACAUAGUCGCAGUGGGAGCGGAACGAAUAAAAAACCACCUCCAAUUCCUCGAAAGUCGGAAAAAGUUCUUCAAUGGCAGAGAACUUCUCAACCUCCACCGGUAAAAGAUCCAGAAGCAAGAAAGUCAUUAUUAAAGAAUUCAAGUCCUACUAAAGAGGAAGUAAUGGAUGGUGCAUUACAAGAAUCGAAUGGUGCAGAAGCCAAAAAAAAAUUACAAGAAUCAAGCCAUACUGAGGAGGAAGUAAAGGAUAGAGUAUCACAAGAAUUAUUAUUAAAAGAUUCAAGUCAUAUUAAAGAAGUAAAGGAUGGUGCGUUACAAGAAUUAGAUGGUUCAGAUACCAAAAAAACAGUAUUACAAGACUCAAGCAAUAUUAAGGAGGAAGCAAAGGAUAGUUUAUCGCAAGAAUCAGAUGAUCCAGGAACCCAAACAACAUUACAAGGUUCAAGCCCUAUUAAAGAGGAUGUAGAGGAUAAUGUAUUACAUGAACCAGGUGGUUCAAAGACCAAAAAAACAUUACAAGAUUCAGAGACCAAUACGGAGGAAGUAAAUGAUAAUGUAUUACAAGAAUCGGAUGGUCCAGAAACCAAAAAAGCAUUAUUACAAGAUUCAAGCUCUAUUAAUGAAGAAGUAAAGGAUAAUGUAUUACAAGAAUCUGAUGGUCCAGAGACCAAAAAUACAUUACAAGAUUCAAGCCUUAUUAAGGAGGAAGUAAAGAAUAAUGUAUUACAAGAAACAGGUCCUGUUAAAGAGAAAGUUGGGGAUAACGUACUACAAGAUUCAGAUGGUCCCGAGACCAGAAAAUCAUUAUUAAAAGACUCAAGUCCUAUUAUAGUAACUGGUAAUCCAGAAAAUUAUGUCCCAAGACAAAAUGCAGAAGCAUCCGAAGGAAAUUUAAUCCCAAAUCAAUCGGAAAUAAAAGAUACAUAUUCAAGUUAUACUGAAUUAGCGAAUAAUCCGGAGAUUGAUUCACAAAAGCGAAAGCAAGAAGAUUCUUAUCCAAUUAAUAAUGAUAAGGUCUAUAGUUUUGAAGAAAUUAGUAAACAAUUAGGCUUUUUCGAUAACGAUACAGGUAAUGAGACUCAACAGCCAGCGACCAAUGAAACCGUUAGUUAUAACGAGACUCAACAGCCAGCAGCUAAUGAAACCGUUAGUUAUAAUGAGACUCAACAGCCAGGGGCUAAUGAAGUCAUAAGUUUUUAUGAAAUUCAAAAACAUUUGAAAGAGAAAGAGAAAGGUAUAAUUGAUGAUUCACAAAGCAUGCCUGCCCCUUCAUCUGGCAUGCAUGCCCAGCAUAUCAUUGAGGCAGCGAUAAAUAAAAAGAUUCCACCUUACACGAGUAAUCCUAUAGCAGUAUCACCUAAAAUGAGCAUGCCUCAACCUUAUCCAUUGAAUGUUGAGACAAAUAAAAAUAUUCCACCUUUUGCUAGUAAUCCUGUGGCAUUAUCAUCUGAAAUUACUCAAUCUAACAUAAAAACGUCAGCUGUAAAAGACACAUUCACUCAUCAAUUUAAUGAUGAGACAAAUAAAAAUUUUCAAAAUAAUCCUGUGGCAGAGGCAGAUAAUGAGACUAAUAAUCCCGCGACAACUUCAGCUGUAAUAGACACGUCCAGUCAUCAAUUUAAUGUUGAGAUAAAUAAAAGUAUUCCACCUUUUGCAAAUAAUCCUGUGGCAAAGGCAGAUAAUGAGACUAAUAAUCCCGCGACAACUUCAGCUGUGAUAGACACGUCCAGUCAUCAAUUUAAUGAUGAGACAAAUAAAAAUUUUCCACCUUUUGCAAAUAAUCCUGUGGCAGAGGCAGAUAAUGAGACUAGUAAUCCCGCGACAACUUAUCAAUUUAAUGAUGAGACAAAUAAAAAUUUUCCACCUUUUGCAAAUAAUCCUGUGGCAGAGGCAGAUAAUAAUCCCGCGACAACUUCAGCUUUAAUAGACACGCCCACUCAUCAAUCUAAUGUCAAUAUACAUAAAAGUAUUCCACCUAGAAUAAGCACAUCUCAAUCUAGCAUUGCGGCAGAUAAUGAAAAAAUAGAUCCUAGAGCUUAUCGUACUGAUCCCAGUGAAUUUCGCGUCGAUUCCAAAGAUUUUCAACCUGGCGACGAACGCACAUACCAUGACGAUACAGCUGAUGUUUCUACACCACUCAUUCAGAUCGAGAAUGCAGAGCAGAACACUUCAAAUUACAACAGUCUUUUAGAUUUUAGCAACGUACCUUCCCCUACUAAAGAGUUAAUGGAUGAUCCUAACACUACUAACAUUUCAAAUGAAAACGACGAUUCUGUCUCAGAAUAUAUCGAUAUUCGAAAACUUGGUGCAAAUAAAUAUCAUCCUCAUGAUGAUGAUUCCACAGUUACACUUCCAAUUCCAAGCCAGUUAUCGACAAAGAUUACAAAUGAGGGUUCCACUUUGGGUAGUUCCACACAUACUAAUUCGGAUCAUGAUAACGGUUCUCUUGAACAUACCGAAAAAGUACUAACAGAGAAUAAUAAUCCAACCACUUCAAAUUUUGAUAUCAUUGAUUACCAACCGUCUCAACAGUACCAAACUCUCCAACCGAGCGAACGUUCUAAAGAAAAGCAAGGGCUUCUUUCCACGGCUGUAAAAACCGUAAAUUCAUUUAUAUUUGGACCUAAAGAUGAUGAUAAAUAUGCAGGAUUAUCUCAAGUUACAUUUCAUGUGCAUUUACCGCAACACAUUGAAAAACACGGUGAACCGGUGAUAAUGGGUAAUUGUGAAGAAUUGGGAAGUUGGAAAAUGAUUACAAUUCAAUUGACUCAACCACAUAAACAAGAAUAUCCAACUUAUUGGCGAUCACAUCCUGUAGACAUUCGGAUAGGAAGGAAUGAUAUUAAAUAUAAGUAUGGUAUCGUUAACCAAAGCAGGCGCACCAUAGAUUAUGAAGGAGAGGAUGAGAGACAAAACCGCAUUUUGGACACAAGUACAAAUGAUCAGUAUGACAUAUGGCAAAACAAUAGGAGGCAUAAUAUGUUUGGUCUUAAGGAAUUCGCAUUCGUUAAAUGUAUCUAUGAUGGUGUAAAUAAUGAAAACCUUAAAGAUAAAGUUAUGCAAUUCCAAUCAUUGUUGGAAAAUCAUAGUAAUCACACAAUAAAUUCCAUUACUAUCGAGUUUAUAAUGCAACGCUAUCAGGAAAAAAGAGAGAAACGACUUUUUUUGUGUGUUCUCUUAGGGUAUUAUCUUAAGUACCGUAGGGAUCCAUACGCUUACACUCCUCAAUUGCCAACACAUUUUCGAUCUGAUUGUUUACUUGAAGCACUCCAAUAUGUUCAAUAUGACACAUUCCCAUCUAAUAUUAAACUUAUAAUGGCUCCAGUUGUUGUUGCUUUAGUUCGUCAUAAUGCUAUUGUAAGGAGGUCAUUUGAAUGGCUUAGGAUCUUUCGGGUAGUGCAGUUUCUUGAUCCGAAUUAUGCCUUUGUCGAUGUAUUUAUGGGUGCUCGUUAUGAUGAUAAACAAAUAUCCAACUUGUUAAAGGAAUGGCCGAAAAUAGUUCAUCCUUACUUGGAUCAAAUAGAUGAUCGUGUUUAUAUCAAAAUUGCCAAGACUCUUAAUAUAAUAUGGCGUGAUUGUAUUUAUCAUACACCAAGUAUUGAUCGUGAAAUUGCAACUGAUUUCGACGGAACUGUGAAUAAAAUUAUUGCUCAUGACAAUGCCAGUGCUUUGUACGCGAAUUUUACUAAAGUUAUUCCAGAGUACCGGGAUAUGGUUGCUCAUCUUUUCCGUGAACGAAUAAUCAAUUUACUCAAGAAUCAGCAGGGCGGUUGGGACAAAAAUAAUUUGUUGGCGUUCGAAAAACUUCUUAAAGAUAAACAAUUAUAUUUUGAAAGAGAGGAUUUUCUUAGUGUCUUAAAUUAUGUUUCUCAAUCAGCGUCUUUACUAUCGGAUAAAUCAAAGAUUUACCAGGCAUUGUUACGUAUUGCUGAAGAACGAAUUAAAAAAUGUUCUCACAAUCAUAUUCUCUUUGCAACAGUUCAAGUAGCGACGCUUAACAAAACUAUUACCACACAGUUUUGUAACCUGGUAACUGAAAAUGUUCUCGUUGCUAGAGAAAUUCGGAAUAUAAAUAAUAAUAUUAUGGAGAUGAUACUGAUUUUUAAUGCAAGAGGCAAUGUCGCAGUUUUACAUAAACAUUCCUAUGUUAUGAAAAUGCGCACAGCCAUUUCUAAUUUAGCAAGCUCGAUUGUUGAUAAAACUAUCGAUAUUAAAACACUACAAGCAAUUUUGUCAAAAUAUGAUAAGGACCGACAAUUGUCCGAAUGUCUUAAUGUUGCUAAUAGUCCUAAUGCCAAAAAAACAUUUCAAAGUGUAAUCAUUAGCGAAAAUAAUAUUUCAGCCGUUCGCAAAGAGUGCAAGACAUUUGAAGACAGGUUUAGACAUCUUAAGGCUUUUUAUAGCACUUUUUGUCCACCAGAUAAAAUUGUGGAUUCGGAGCUGUAUACUACUGAUUUAGAGGGAAAAUUAAAGAUGUUGUCGAAGGUACAGCUCAAAGAAGCUAUAUCGUCACGUUACUGGGAACGUCAUGAAGAUUUAAUUCAGAAAGUGGCAGAUACUUAUGAAUAUGCAAAUUCAAUGACUUUUACUAACAUUUACGAAACGCAUUUAAGUCAAAUUACUGAUGAAAUACAAGUUGAUUAUGUUAUUAAUACUUUGAUACCUGCAGUGCGUGAAGAAUAUGUUAAAAUAUUCAAGAAAUAUAAAGAUAAGAAAUGGGAGCAAAUUAAAUAUUCCGAAGCAUUUCCUUUAUGGAAGGGUGUUGAUGAUGUAAAGACAGAGUUGGAAUUAAUUAAUAAAAUGGUUUAUUUGGGUAGAAAUAAUCAAGAUCUAGAAAAUUCUAUCAAACACCUUUCUGCUAUACCAAAAUGGGAAGAACGACUUCAAAAAUUAUCUGCAGUUGUUGAAAUUUUUAAUGUGUCCGUUAAAACCGAAGAUUGGCUAGGAAGAUCUUUGAAAAUUUUAAGAGAAGACGUAUUAGUUUUAGGAAAGGUCGUCGAAUUUGUGAAAUAUUGUAAAGAUAGUAAUCCAACAGAUAAUGAAAAUUAUUGGUUAUUGAUUAAAGAGUUAUCAUCUGCUAGCGACCUUGUGGAAUUUCUUCAAACCAUAGCUGAAAAUGAUAUUAAGAAUUUAAUCAAUGGUGUAGACGAUUUUUCUGAUGAACGGUUAAUUCAAGCAGAUACUGUCUCAUCGCUCAUUCAAGUUAAGCAGUCGGUCGUGCAAUUAAUGCACAAAUCCAGUAAAGAAUUUUUGGGAGUUUUGCUUAAAAUUAAAAAAAUCCAAAACGCUGUAUUAAGAGGAACUUAUACUUUCGAAAAAGAUGAGAGGAGUGAUAAAUUUAAUGUAACACUAGUAUAUCAAGCUAACAGAUCUGGCGAAAUGAAACACAACAUUUCUGAUUUGCUAGAUUUACGUGGACGCGCUCUGCUGAUUGCAAAACCUGCUAAUAUUAGUACAGAUAUUGAAGAGGAGAAUUCAAGAAAAAUAAUGAAUGAAUUUGUAUCGCAAGUAGAUACGGCUCAAGAAAUUCUUAGUGUUGGAUAUAAACUUAUCCAGAUGGGACAUUUUGACUAUAGACGAUUUAAAAAAGAAAUUAGAGGAACUGAGAAAACUACAGAGAUGAGGGCUUUGUUAACAAAGCUUAAAGAAGACUUACAAAACUGGAAACAAGUAGUAGAUGAAGCACAAGAAGAACAUUAUUAUUUAACAUUCUUUCCUGCUCGUCAUAUUCUUGCCUUUUAUGACUACUUUACAUCUGAUGUACAAGAUGAUGAAAACACAGAGACCUGCAGAACUCUUAUAAAGUUUGUUAAUAGCAAAGCAGAAUUACCCUCUCGGAAAGAUCGCUCAGGCAUUUCACGCAAAAACACCGAUUAUUCUCGUACACUUAAUGAAAUUGGUAAAAAAUUGCAGACUAUUUUUGGAAAAUCAUUAAAAACAUCAUCGCGUGAACUUAAAGUUAGAGGUGAACGUAUUAUUGCUGAUGUUGUCGAUAAGGGUAAAUUAUGUGUUGCCUCAUGUAAUGAUCAAUUACGUGUACCGAAUAUUAUUAUGAGUUUGUAUGCUAACCAUGGCGCCUAUCCCGAACCGUGGCAAAUAUUAAUUUGCACAAAAUCUACGACUAUCGAAGAGCUUAGCAUUUUUAUUAAGCGCUGCUUUUUUGCCGCAAAAAAUGGAUAUAAAGAGAAGUUAUUUUGUAUUGCGAAUUUGGAACUACUGGAAUUUGAAUUGCAAUAUGGUCUAGUGGAAGGUAUUCGGUCAAUGCGUGAGAAACAAAAUGAUUAUUAUUUAGCAUUGGUGUGUUGUCGUGAUGGCUCGUUCCAUCAUCAUAUAUUAGAUCAAUUUUCCCAAGAUGUUCAUUCGACGAAUGGUCUUAAAGCUGAAGCCAUGAAAACUAUUUAUCGCGAUCUAUGCAGUAAUGUUAUUUGUGUUUCUUCUGAUCUAUCUGGGCAAGGCAAAACUGAAUGGAUUAAACAAGCCAGUUUUGAAAAAAAGAAAUUGCUACGUAGUUUUUUAAUUAGUGAUGGUGCAGAUUUUGGAAGUCUGGUUCGUCAACUUAAGGAUUGCAAACUUAAACCAUUGGAAAGCUUACAUAUAAACAUUAUAUCGGCUGAUAAUUCCAAUGAAAUCAAUAUGUUCUUAUUUGAAUUAUUGACAUUAGGAUUUGUUUCUAGUAAUGUUGUUAUAGCAAGUCUUCCACAAACAACUGUAUUUAUUGAGGUCGCAUCAACUGUUCAGCAGAAACUUCUUAACUCACUUCCGAUAACUGGUUAUUUAGUAAAAGAACAUUUGUCAUGGGAUAUUCACCGUCUUAAUGUAUCAUCUGAGUUAUGUAGCCCAAUUCAAAUUGUGUGUAAUUACUUAGAUGCAUAUGAUAGGCGUGAAGUUGAUGUGAGAGAUAUCGUGUUUCAUGGACAAACCGGCAUUAAAAAAUCGUUACCAGAUAAAAGGUGUCAAGAUUUAAUAGCAAAGUACUUUUUUGAAGGAAAUUCUGAUGGUGUUUCUUCAUUCCGAUUUGUAGAAAUAUUUGUUAAUGUACUAGCGGAUCAGCUUAUUCGCCUUUCAUCAAGCGCUUAUUUUAUCGUAGAAAAUUUAAAAUUGAUGAUUAAUGAUGAAACAUCAUUAAGAACAACAUUGGUUGAUACACUAAUUGAUAUUUCUAAGUACUUUGCGACCAGAUCAGUAAAGGCUAAAGAAGCACAAUUAGAAUCGACAUCUGAUGAUUAUGAUACGAAAUUCGAAAUAGUUCAAUGGGAUGCAUCCAAUCAUCUUUUGGUCUUUUUCAUGUCUCAAAAUCCGGAUUCGAUUUGUGCUUUAUAUCGUGAUAAAAAUAAAGUUCCUGAAAAUGUUAAAGAAUUUCUUAAAAGUCAAUAUAUUGCUGGCCCAAGCAAAUGGGAAUUAGAAGAUUACAAUCGGAUGCAGUCUAAAUCAUUAUUAGAGAAACUUGAGGGUUUAGCACGUCAAACGACCAAAAAGAUUGAUCUUCCUCUGUAUGCACUAUCAGCUGAUAAUUUAAUAAAAAUGGCAUUGAUAUUGCUAAGAUCGCGUGCGAAUGUUCCCGUUGUCGUUAUGGGAGAAGCUGGAUGUGGCAAGGUUAAUUACGAACCAUUCAAUCUACAUGCAGGAAUUAGGGAGCAAGAUAUAUUAGAUUUCAUGGAGAAGGCCCAGAAAAGAGCUGAUAAUGACGAAUUUCAAGCCGGAAUUAAACCCAAGGUUAGAAGAUAUGAAGAACAAAGUAACCUUGUAUAUCAAGUAAAACCACUUCCAGAUCAAAUAUUAGAUUAUGUUUGGGAUUAUGGUGUUCUCCUUCCAAAUGAUGAAAAAAAAUAUAUACAAAUAAUGGUACAAACAAAAUUAGGAGAAGGGCAUGAAUUACUUACAGAGCUCUUAUUUACAUCGCAGCAAUUUAUUCGUUCAAUUGAAGAAAAAUAUAGUGUUAGUUUGCGUGAUGUAAAACGAGCAAUUAAAUUAGUCGAAUUCUUCAGUAAAAGUCUUCAAACUCGUCCAAAAAUCUCGAAAAAUCAUCCCUACCCACCUCAUCGGGAAAAUUCUGGCCGUAUCAAUUUUACAGUUCGUUGUUAUAUUUUAUCAAUUAGUCUUUGUUAUCAGUCUAGAAUAUAUGAACAAGAAUUACGAAGUGAAUACCGCAAAGAAAUGAUUAAAGUUCUCCAAAGACAGAAAAUAAACAUUAAAGAUGAAGAUUUUACUGGAAUAAUACGAGAUGAGCAAGAAGAUUGGGUUAGAAGAAUGCAAUUGCCACCAAAUACUGCGAUGAAUGAAGCAUUAUUAGAAAAUGUUUUAGUGAUGAUCGUUUGUAUUAUCAACAAGAUCCCUGUGUUUAUUAUCGGUGCCCCUGGAUCAUCAAAAUCCUUAGCGAUUAAACUUGUAGGUCAAAACCUACGUGGAUCUGAUUCAAAUGAUAAAUAUUUUCGAAAACUUCCUCAGGUAUACCUUAUUUCUUAUCAAGGAUCGUCGUCUUCCACUUCGGACGGUAUUAUUAAAGUUUUUGACAAAGCUAUUAAAUACCAAGAAACCAGUUCAAAAGAUUUUUUGGAUCUUGUCGAUACGGCGGUUCGUUUACUUGAUUCUAAAUUACAUAACUCCAUAAGCCGUGCCUCACUUCGGCCACUUGCGGAAGCCUAUUCAGAGUACGAAGGAUGUGGACAAUCACAUUCUAACUUCCACGGUCUUCGAGAUUAUUAUGGAUUAGUAAAAAGUUUAUCGAAUUCUGAUCUAACCCCAGAAAAUGUUCAAAUGGCAUUAGAAAGAAAUUUUGGUGGCACUGAUCGAAAUGAAAACCCUUGUGAAGCAUAUUUCGAUACUGUGUUAAAAACAUUUAAUAAUUAUCAGAAUUGGACAUAUGAUCCAAUUCCAACAUUAACUUUGAUUAAAGCUAAUUUGGAUGAUGAGAGUGCAAGACAUCUUAUGGUUAUUGGAAAAAGUGAUUCUAUAGUGACUAUUUUGACAUAUCAAUUAAAAGAGAAAAAUUUAGAUCCAGUGGUUAUUUUAGGAUCUCAAUUUCAAGAUGAUCAACAAGACUAUUCUUAUACAACAGCUGAUCCGCCGUUACUAAAUAGAUUUGAAAAACAAAGGAUGACAAUUGAUGACACUCUUACCGAUAAUCAUCAUAAAAUAGUUAAAAUUCUAAGAACUUGGACACAACAGAUGGUUUCUUUGGUAGGAACGGAGAACAUUAAUGCAGCGAGAACUUCUUUUACACAAAAGGAUCUUUUUAUUGGUUUUGAUAAAAAUGAAACUUUGCAAAGUUUAGUGAUUGAUAUUAUGACAAAAUUCCCUAAUGAUAAUGAAGAAGCAAUUGUUAAAAGAUGUAAAGCAGCUUUAAUUGACAUUGCAUCUUCCGAUGGAAUUAUUAGGGCCACAAAAUCAAAUGUAGAUCCUGGUGAAAUUAAUCUAUGGAACAAUGUUUAUUUCCGCAACUUUACUGACGAACAUAUUCCACUACAGAAUCAUGAUAUCCUGAAUACCAAUGACUUGCUUGAACCAAGACCUGAUCAAUAUGUGAUGCCAGAACUAUUUUAUGAUUUAAAAUUCCCAUUUUCAUAUUAUUUUAUGAAAAAAAUUAAUGAAUUCAGGACCACAUGGGAAGAUGUACUUGCAAAACUUAGAGAGAAUCCAGAAAACUGUGACGAUGAUCAAGGACUUUCACAUGACGUUUAUGAAACUGCCGUUAGAGGAUUUAGUGAGAAUGUCAUAGCAUCACUUACGGCUCUCAAUGAUCAAGUUUUUAAUGACUUUUCUGAAUGGUUUUUUGAAGAUUUUAUAACUUUUAUAAUUGCAAAUGAUGCCGAUAAGAAAGAUUCUGAGUUGCUUGCUAGAUUAAUACGGCAACAUAUCGGAAAAGAUAAAGUACUCGAUCCAGUUCUACUUCAUAUCUAUUGGUGGAAAAGUUCUAAUAUUAUAUCGGCAGAUUUACAAUUAGCACAAAUGUGUCCAUCAGCUAUAAAUGAAUUUGCGCAGGAAAUGCCAGAUAUUUCAUUUGAGGAAUUUCUUGUCGAUAAAGUUAUAAAAACGAUGCUAGAUAAAAUUGUAAAAAAAGGCGGCGAACCUCAAUUGGAUCAAUGGCAACAUGAA